AUGUCCCAGCUUACGCCCCGAGUAAAAUACCUUCCAGCUCUCGAGCGGGCCCGCAUGUUCGUGCGGCACCUCCACGUCCUCAUCGACGUACCGAGGCAACAAGACUUCGAGGCCGUGCGCAAGCGCUGCACGAUUAAUGGCCACGAGCCUGACUACCCAGGCCCGACGCUGGUCUGCUUGGAGGACACUCCGAAUCGCGGGAGGUUCGCGGUCUCCUGCUCCCAACCUCACCCUUUUGUUCACACUCUCGACGAAUUCGGCGAGGGCCCGUUUUGUAUAUUCAUCAGCCCCCCGCUCAGCCACCUCAGCCUCGCGUACUUGCGCGACCUCGGGGCCCUGCCCGCAGACAUUAUCAAAUGUCUUGAGGAGGCGCAACGCGACGAAGGGAUUGCGUCCCCCGUGUACAAAACGCCCUCUCGUAGGCUCAAGUAUGCCACCAUCGUUCCCAGCCAACGCCGUGUUAGCACGCAUUCUCAAUCCACGGGGGGCGGGCCGGUACGAACGCACUCGUCAGCUCUACUCAAUAACCUCCGUGUCGAGAUUCAUGUAUUUCAUGCCCCGAGAGAAGAGCCAGGUCGGUUUUAUCUCUCCGCUCAGCGAACUCCUGGAGCGGCCAUCCGGAUGGAUGAUCACAUCCAGGCGUGGCAGCACUUCGGAGUGGAUAGGCAUACUAUCAUCAAUGUGCUCGUCUCAAACGAGUCUGACGCGAUGCCCCACUGGUCGCCCGUCCGCCUCCGUGAUUGCGCGGUCUCCCAGUCCUGCCAGACCCUCGUCGUUGCGCUCGAAGGCGUCGAGCCUUCUCACAAGGCUCUGAAGAAGCACUACAAGGAUGCAUUCGAAGGAAGGUUGACACUUCCCAACUGA